AGCAACAGUAUUUGGAUGGCAUAAUUCAUAUCACAUGACUAAAGCUAUGGGAGAAAUGGCUCUUGGUGAAAUUAGAGGAGAUGCGCCUUUGCUUAUUAUAAGGCCUACUGUUAUUGAGAGCACCUAUAAAGAACCUUUCCCUGGAUGGAUACAAGGAAAUAGGAUGUUCGAUCCUGUCAUUAUAGCUUAUGGGAAAGGACAACUUCCAGGGUUUUUUGGAGACUCUCAAGUGAUCAUGGAUAUUAUACCAGUAGAUAUGGUAGCAAAUACAACUAUUGCAGCUAUUGCCAAUGAAGGAAACAUGCAUAGGCCACAUCCACAACCUAGGGUUUACCAUGUUGCAUCUAGUGCUACAAAUCCACUAUUAUAUUCUGAUUUUUUUGAAUACCUUUUCCACUACUUCAACUCACAUCCUCUUAUCCCAUCUCAAGAAAUUUCAAGAAUUAAAUAUUUUGACAAUUUCCAAGAUUUCUCUGAAUACACAAGAAAUGCAAUCAAUGGAGAUGAGGAGAAGAUGACUCUAAAAUCCCAAAAUCAAGCUAAAGCCAAAGCUGCAUAUGCUGACAAACUUUGCAAGCUCUAUGAGUUCAUUGGGUUUUUCAAUGCAAGGUUUGACACGUGGAACACACAGAAAUUAAUUGAAGCAAUGUCAAAAGAAGAAAGAGUUAGCUUUGAAGUGGAUGCAAGAAAUAUAGAGUGGAAGAAGUAUUUUGAGGAAAUUCAUAUUCCUGGUCUGAUAAAACAUAUACUCAAUGGCACUAUGUAAUAAAGCAUUAAUUUGUAUGUAAUUUAUUUAUACUAUACUUAUAUGUAUGAAUGCCUUUGGUGUUUCUCAAAUUAUGGUAAUAAGUAUCACUAUGUUUGAGGAAUUAA